AUGAAGUUGAUGACAGAACUCUCUGGCAUCGAUCAGCGUCUCGUUACUUGGUCAUCCUCGCGCAAACGGUGUAGCCGAAAAAUGGAUUUUGCGUCUCUACAAGAUAUGGAAAAGCGAGCGUUUUAUUCCAGAAACGCUCCAAAGGAAAAGGUCGUCGAAGAUGAGAUUUUCCGACGUGGCCUCCAAUGCCAAUUCGAACACUUUAUCAUUGAUCCCGCCGACCCGCUGUGGGAAACCCGAUCUACGAAGGAUAAGAAAUUCGUAAUCACCACUCACAUGUGCUUCCACCUUGUCGGAGCAGCUGCUGGAGUACUUGAAUCAAAAUUCUCGGAUUUGAAAACAUUGGAUGCUCUGCUACGUCAAACACGGAAACAUCGUUACGAUUUUCGAUGA